AUGAAGAAAAGAGCUGACCACAUACUCCAAAUGGUGAUCAAUGACAAACAAAAUGAGAAAAUUGACAAAGAGAACGUGCCCUCCAGUCCGUCCAUAAUAGAGGAUACACCACCACGUGACCAAAAACAGAACUGGACCAAUUUGUUACAGAUUAGAUCUUCAAAUGUAUGCGAAUCUAUUGCCGAAAAUAACGCAGACCAGAGUGUAGUAAAUGACGUACCUCAUUUAAAAAGCCCACGUACUAGAAGUUCAAGUUCUAGUAGCUCAUCAUCAAGCAGUAGUUCGUCGUCUGAUAGCACCUCGUCAUCGAGUACUUCCAGUUCAUCAAGUUCCAACAAAUCAAACACUUGUGCUCCAGUUCCUAGUACUGAUGUGGGACGGCGAGCAGCAGCGGUGUGUAAGCCAAAUGAUCAUGCCUCUCCAAUAAAUACCGACGAAAGUGAUGUAGACUUGAGCGACAAUGAUCCAACCUUUUUAGGUGUAAAUAGGAAUAAUUGCUUAAUACCGGCUUCAAGCUCUUCGUCAACUUCAAGUUGUUCUUCACCUAAACUUGACAAUGACGUCCCUUUGGUGGAAGAUGUAGAGGAGCAAUCGAAUACCGAGAAAUCCAGAAAACGCAAAAGAAAUGGAAGUGCAUGGAAACAAAACAUGGCUAAAAAAUUACGAAACAGCGGUCAAGCCUAUAAAUCGGUUUCUAAAUCAAAAAAGGUAAUACCAGCACGAAGCAUGAAGCCAGUUUGUAACUGCAGACUAAAAUGUUCAGAUAACAUUGGAGAUGCUGACAGAUCAUCGUUGUUCGACAAUUAUUGGAAUUUACCUGAUUUAGAAGUGCAACGUGCUUAUAUAAGGGCUUGUAUUACGGAAAUAAAUCCCAAAUAUAAAUACACAAAUUCUGAAAAACCACGAAUGCCUAAUAACGCAUUUUAUUUUACAGUUAAUGACGGCAAAAUUCGUGUAUGUAAGAAGUACUUUAUUAAUACUUUGGACAUUUCUGAUCGGCAAAUUAGGACAGUGAAAAAAAAAACUAACGUGCAUGGUACCGUGGAAUCCGAUCAACAUUCCAGUUCAAAUUAUGAUUAA